CGCCCGCCAUCCCAAACUCAAGCCAGCGUCAAGCAAAAUCCUACGUACGAUCCGAUACAGAAUUUCCCCCCGAGCUACAAACCGAAGCAACACCGAGAAUGUCGAUCGUGAGGCGGAGCAACGUGUUCGACCCCUUCGCGGACCUCUGGGCGGACCCCUUCGACACCUUCCGCUCCAUCGUCCCGGCGAUCUCAGGCGGCAACAGCGAGACGGCCGCGUUCGCCAACGCCCGGAUGGAUUGGAAGGAGACCCCCGAGGCGCACGUCUUCAAGGCCGACCUCCCCGGCGUGAAGAAGGAGGAGGUCAAGGUGGAGGUGGAGGACGGCAACGUGCUGGUCGUCAGCGGCGAGCGCACAAAGGAGAAGGAGGACAAGAACGACAAGUGGCACCGCGUGGAGCGCAGCAGCGGCAAGUUCGUCAGGCGCUUCCGCCUCCCCGAGGACGCCAAGGUGGAGGACGUGAAGGCCGGGCUGGAGAACGGGGUGCUCACCGUCACCGUGCCCAAGGCCCAGGUCAAGAAGCCCGAGGUGAAGGCCAUCCAGAUCUCCGGCUGAGUGCAUGCGUCUCGACGUAUGGUCAUCAAGGAUGGAGCCAGUUUGGUUGAUGCGUGUGCGAGGUCUGCAACCUGAAUGUAUGCUACAGUUGUGUCUUUGUUCUUGCCGAUCGAGUCUGGCGAGGCAUCUCUGUACUGCGUUUCUUUCGCUGGUCGUUUCUGUUUUUGUGUAAUCGCCAACAGAUUUGAUGAUGAAUAAAUGAGAAAUAAGCCGUUCCGAUUU